AUGCGUCGUUUCGUUAGCGUCAGUGCUUGUAGCCUGAAUCAGUGGGCUGGGGAUUGGAUUGGUAACUGCGAUCGCAUUAAAGAAUCGAUUAGGAGGUCUAAGGCUGCUGGCGCAAGCUUGAGAGUCGGUCCAGAGCUAGAGAUUUGUGGAAGUGACUGCUUGGACAGCUUUUUUGAGGAUGAUCUUUAUCUACAUUCCUGGGAGAUGCUUGGAUGUAUCCUGGCUGACAGAGAAUGCCACGAUAUCCUUCUCUGUAUUGGCAUGCCUGUGAAGCAUGGCGGAAAGCGGUAUAACUCUAAAGUCUUCGCCUUAGACGGGAAAAUACUUCUCAUCGCGCCUCAAACCGUUCGGUGGAGCGACCAAAAUAGCCGCGAUAGCAAAUACUUUUCUCUUUGGAAGAAGCGAGGCAUAACGGAAGAAUACAGGCUGCCUGAUUUUUUGAAGAAGGCCCAUGGCACUGGAUUUGUUCCAUUCGGAGAUAGUUCUAUCUCGUUCUUAGAAGGGCGAGUCACUUUAGCACCCGAGUUCUAUUGA